GCUUUUAUAUGCUCGAAUUUCAAUCACAAUGUUUUUUAAUUUUCCUAUUUUGAGCUGUUGUUUGACAAUGCAUUAUUUAUUGCAGGUAUAUGGGUUUCGUACUAUACCACCGAGCUUCUGUUUACACACCUUAACAAUAUCACAGCAUUCGGCAAUCUUUUUAUCUUCUCUAAAGAUACAAUAGGCUGCCUUUUUUUCUGGAUCGUCAGGACUACCGCUGGCAACCAACAUCAGCAGAGCCAUACACUAAAAAUUCUUUCCUUUAGGCUCAGCAAAUUUUUGCAACAGUAUUAUGACCACUAUUACAAUUGUCAUGCUACCAUACAUGAUUAUUCUUUUAUUGUUUUUCGGCAUUACCAAUGCUUUUACUAUUCCUUAUUUAACGUACGGCAUUGUUGACAUUCACUAUGUUACAGAGAGUCAAAAACGGGCCCGAGUUGAAUGUACUUUAUCAAAGGCUCUUACAGGAGAUGAAAUUGAGCAAAGCGAGAAGAAAAAGUGUUAUCAUUAAGGUUAGACUCCUUCUAUAUAUAAAAUGCACAUUUCUAUCUCACUAGUUGCAAAAAAUUAUUAGUUAUGCAGCUUCUGAUCGUAGUGUAGGUAUUCCUCGUUAAACAGCUUUUCAAAUUACA